AUGAUUCUAUAUUGUCUGAGUUAAAUUAAAUAUAAAUUUUAGUAUUAUAAAUGUUAUUAAUUAAUAUAUGUAAGAAGCAAAAUACCCAACUUUUAAAAAACUUAAUAUUCCAAUCAAUAAUCAUAGGAUUAAGGCUUGUAAGAAUAAUUUGUAGAUAAAACCAACUAAAACAUUAAAUUUAUUCCAGUAUUAGCUCCUUAAUAAGAAAAUUGCCAACAAUAAGCCUAAUAUUAAUAAUAUUCAUAAUAUUAAUAAAAUCAAGUGAUUCCUUAUGCUGAAUACUUCAAUCAUAGUUUGGUGCCAAUACCGCCUCAGAAUUCUAAUUUACUGAAGGACUAAGACUUUUCAACAUAGAGAUUAUUCUUAUGUGGAAUUUUAGGAGUAUACAUAUUAUGGUCCAUCCUAUCUGUGUUGUUACUAUUCCCAUUAUCAAUAGUUUACUUUUGGGAUACUCACUAAGGAAGUUAAAGUCCCUUGCCUUUACUUUCUUUAAUUAUAUUUUUAUUUUUAACAAUUUUUCUAGGAAAAUUUGGAAUUUAAAAAAAUAAUAGACAAGUAUUUGCAUAGUUUAUUUUAGUUAUCAGCUAGUAUUUUCGUACUACUUGGGUUAGUGUUUAGCUACACAUCCUGUUAUUUAUCUUUACUUGGAAGUUUUGCCUCAAAUUCAAAAUCAUAAUUUGGAUGUAAUUAUUGUUUGCUAUUCUAGGGGAUUUUGUAGCUGCUUUAGCUGUGGUUUCCUCUGUUAUUGGAAAUUUUAUUUUUAAUUUCAUCUCACUAAUUUGUUUGAUGUUCUCUGUAAAAAAAUUUAACCCGAUCUGUAAGUUAUUUGAUAAAUAUUUUAUUAGUUCCAGUUCUUUUUGAGCUUCUUGUGAUUGUUAUUUUGGCUUUUAUCUAUCAUCCAAUCUUCUUAUUUUGCAUUCUUUUUCUAACACCAUAUGCUAUUUGUUUGAUGCAUGCUUUCAAACAAAUUUGAACGGGAGAGUAUUUUAUUCAUUUAUGUUUAUAGUUUGAGUUGUAAAAAAAUCAAGUAAUUACUGGG